CGCACGACCCCACACGACUGUCAUUGCUCGCAUGCCCAAGGUCGUUUCUCGGUCUGCAGUCUCCGCUUCGACCGACGCUCAGCCCACAGCCUCUUCAGCUGCCGCCUUACGAGUAUAUUACUGUAUUUGCGGCGAGUUCAUUCUUGUCAUUGAUAAAAGCCUCUCUGCUCUACCACGUCGCAAAACUGACGAUGCAAGUGUCAUACGGGUACAAGGCACCGAUUCAGCGCCAGCGAGGGUCUUUAAAUUGAACGCAGUGGCGGGCGACGCAGUUCUAAUCGAGAGGGAAGGUGGACACGAACGACAGUACCGUCAUCUUUGUCCCCGAUGUACUCUGCCAAUAGGUUAUCAAUCAACACCCCUUCCCGUGAAAUCCGCACCUUUCCUAUACGUCUUUCCAGGUGCUCUCACGCAAAUGCAGGGACAAGUGCCUCAGGAUGCGUUACAACCCCGCAACUCGUAGGAAGGGAGGUAAUGGAAAGCCAUGACACCGAAUAUCUGAUAGAUGGGGAGAUCAGUAACAGAUAAACAGAAAUGGAUAUUGAAGAAGGAAGCGGUGGCUCAGAUACCGUUGUAAAAACAUAACACAUGAGCGAGGUUAUGACACCAGGCUUCGUACAGUGUGAAUAGAGAAUUGUAAUCAUGGCCAAGGGAUAAAGGAAUGGGUAGUGGAAAGAAAGACCAACAUACCUGAGACUGGCAACCUCCAAGACAAGGGCCUUGACAACGUGAGUGAACAAUAAUGGCGAACCAACGCACCCUACAACCUUCAAGACAAGGACUUGAUCAGGGUCUGAACAAAUGGAAGGCCAUCAGCGACUGGAACAUGAUGGAUGAUUAACACAAAACCAGGAAAGGGAUAGUGGAAGUAUGCUCAGAUACCGUUGUAAAAGAGAAUUAAUCAUUUUGAGUAGACGGUUUGGAUCACCAUCCCUCAUGAUCGAAUGUGUAAUCUUCGCAGAAGAAGAGUAACGACAAAACUUACCUCG